GCAGCGCUUUCCUCCUCUCCUCCUCCGUCGCCCCCCUCUUCUUCCCCUGUGCCUCGCCAAUCCCCGCUCCUCCCGCCACAGCCGAGCUCUGCGAUGCCCCGCUAUGAACUGGCUUUGAUCCUGAAAGCCAUGCAAAGGUCUUUUAGAAAAGAAUCAAGAAGAAUGUGCUACAGAGCAAGCUUCUUUUUCUGAUGCUGCUUUAAAAUGAUGAAGAACAAAACUGGAGUCAUUCCUGAGAUCCCAGACGAAGAAGUGCAUUACAUGCUUGUAAUAAUUCCUUUGAGUGACUGACUUGAACUUUGCACUUUGGAUCAGACUUUUGUGAUGGUGACAAUUUACACAUGUACCUCUGUGGCACCUGUGUUUUCCAGGGCUGGAGAGGUGUUAAUGUGGUAUUACUUUGGGGGAGCAGAGUCUGCGUGGCAAACAGGCUGAGCCAGGUAGCUGCCCAUUGAGACAAUUCCAGCAUGUUGAGCUGCUGGAAAUGACAUUUCAGACUUAUUAAAUGUUAUAGGUCCACUGCUGCCUCUGUGUUUGCCUGCUUCCUUUGCUGUACCGUGUUGGUUUUAUGUGCCAUUCUAGCCUGGCCGCUAUGGCCCAGUUCAUCAUUUAUGAGGGCAAUUCCUGAAAGUCAGUUUCUGGAUGUUUAGGGUAGUGCUGGGCAGCCCCUACCUCCUCAAGGACAUGUACUACGUAAGGAGAAGUUGAAACACAUCAGUUGAUCUGUGAAGAACACUUUUGUGCUUUUGUUUUGUUUUGUAUUAUGGCAUGCUGCAAUAAAUGGAACAGAGCAUUUUCCACUUUUUUUUUCCUCGUUCUGAGAGGUAGGCUACCUCAGGCAUCCUUGUAUUUACUGUGGAGCAGUGAACAAGUAGUAACUCACUUGCAUGACUGUAGCCAGCAGUCCACAGCGUGAAUAGGACAGACAGCAUGCUCAUGGAGUUGGAUGUAGUGCAGGCCUGCUCAAAACAUAAAAUCUUCAUUCUUUUUGUUCCUUUUUUUCCCCCCCGGGGAGAGAAAGUGUUAAUAUUUUCUGUGCAGGUCUUGAGUCUGGAAGUUUGGGUACGUUCCUCUUACACAGGUGAGUUGUUCAAUAGGUAAGGCACUACUAGGUUGCAUUAGCUUACCGCUCUUUGAAGAAGGUGGGAGUGAAGAAAUCUUACUUCUGGGAAAGACGCUCAAAACUACCUUAUGAACAAAGCUAUGUACUUAAUUUGCUAACAGGUGAGAGUGUAGGAUACUGUGUGUUAUGCGGCUAUAUGUAUCCUCAAAUUAACCCAUAAAGCAUUGGUUACUGGGACUAGCUCUUUCAGUGCAAGAGAAAGAGGAAAUGAAAUGGGAAGCCUCCCGUCUGCAAUGAAGAGAAAUAGACUAAGCACAAACCAGAUAGUUGCUUCAGGGCUGGAACAGUUUGAUUCUGGCAUUUUUAAAGGCCCAUCUUAUUAGAAAAGCACUGUGGAGAAAGUUUUCCUUUAAAACAAUCAUACAAAUUUCUCCUACAAAUCCCACCCUAAAUCUGCUUCACAUUAUCUAGCAUCUCUUCGGGGAUUUGAGACUUUUUUUUUUCUUACAACACAAGCUGCCUGUUGGAGACAUGAGCAUUGUUUCACCACAGUUGUAAUCUUCUAUCUUCACACAAGAGGGAAAAACAUUGUUUUGUAUCUCUGAUAUGAUCCAGCCAGAAAACAGCUCUGGGGAAAAAAUCACAGUCUUGGCAGCAGGGCUGUCUUUCUUUUUUUUUUAUGUCAGUGCCACAAUGUAUGCUGCUCUAAUAACUUGAGAUUAAACUCCCAUGGAAUGUCUCAGAAGUCCUUCUGAAGACUUGAGGUCAUAACUUGCUGAAAGUUCAGAGGGACGUGUCUCAUUUUCAUAAUGAAAAAAAAAGUUCCAGGGUUAUUUUGGAAUCAGGUCUAAUAAGAAACUGGUACAGGUGACUACUGUAGUACAGUAAUUUAGUGACAGUGCUGCAAAUUUGUGGCAGCUACUGAAAACUUUACACUUUCCUGUUCAAGCAAGCUGAACCCUGUAAAUUUCAGAUGUUGAUUACAAAGGUGAUGGUUCAAGCCUCUGUAGACUGCUUGUUUAAAGUGAAUAAUUUGGCUGUACCUUCCAGUGGAAAAUACUCAAGAAACUUCACGUAUUGUUUAUUUUAGUUAGAAUGAGCCUGUAGUAGUUUGGCACGUAUCCCAACUGAAAAAUAUCACAAUUUAUUCAGGGGCAGAUGCAUCUACUUACACUCUUUUCAGGGGGAUUGAAUGUGCCUGUGUAAUGGUCUUACUGUGAGCUGGGUACGUCUUUUAUCAUAUGGACAUAGUUUCAAUGGAUAUUGUCUUGAUUUAUACAUGUUACUGUGUAGUAUAACUUUGCAGGGUCGUUGAUUAACCUGUAGGGAAAAUGUUGAGAAGUGAACUGAAGUUCAGGUACAACAUUUUUCGGUAACAGAGUGGGACAGCAGAAGAGGGAUAAUAUACAUUAUUGGUAUUUCUUUAGCUUGCCCAUUAUUCCGACUGUAUAGUUUUUCUUUGUCUCCACAGUGUUUCUUCUUCCACGUCCCUUAAAAUAUUUAUAUUUUUGGUAUAAGCAUAUACAUUAUAAGGCAGUAGCACUUGAAAACUUGCGUAACACUAGUAUGUAAUGACAUCCUAUGGUCUGAGGUGUUUAGAAUUUUGUGUUGGAUUAAACUGAAUCGUUUAACUUGUGCUGCAUUUGUGAGUGGGGGUAAACAUGAAUUCUUCUGUGGAAGAAUUUAAAAUACAUCUGUGGCUUGAGGCUUACGAGCAUGAUAAAUUUAGCACAGUAUGGUAAUCAGUCCAUUUUGUGCCACGUCUCUGUAGUCUCUCAUUAUUGACUAUAGCUCCCGCAGAAUGAAUACAUGUAUUCUCAUGUGGGUUUGUGGUGGUGGUGGGGAACCCUUAUUAUCUUGUUCUGAUUCUGAACUACUCUUGAAAAACAGCCAGCUUGUACAAAUAACGUGAUUGUGAUUUUCUCCUUAAGGCUGAAGUUAACGGUUUGUUGUAAGCCUUUUUUAAAAUAUGUCUGCCUUAAUGAGAAGCAUACAUUCUUACGUCAGCACCUUUGCUGCCUUCAGUAAGGCAGACAAGGUAUGUGUGCGUUUUCAACCUUAACUACGGCUUAUUAUGGUCUAUUUGAGAGCUUUUAAUGUUUUAAUUUUUUAAAAAGGCAAAAUGAAUGUGUGCUAAAGAGAAAACCACCCAAAUGCUGGUAUGUUAUCCAUGUGUUUGCAUUAAUCAGAGGUGAAUUAAUAGGAAAAUGUGUGCUUUCAGCAUGGUACCCAAGUGCUUUUGCAAAUGAAGUAGAAAGGGGAGUGCUUAAAACUGAUGUUUGUAGGCCUCCUAAGGCUGAUAGACCUUAUGUUCAGAACAGCAAUCGGUGAUUUGUGUGCUUGUCUUUGUUAGUGGGUGGGAAAGAGGAAUGAUGUCAGUCUCUGUUCUUUACCUCUCUGUAAUAAUCUUGAAUACCGAGGCUGUGCCUGUUUACUGCAUGUCCAGCCCUCCCAUAACCCAUCAAAUGAUUUUGGAUGGGUAUAGGUAAAUGAUAUUUUCCAAGGCAGAAUGAGGAGAAAGGAGCAUCUGGUCUCCAUAGCAGAGAUAGGAAUCACUGUGCAGCUCUUUAAUGCCCCCUUUCUUUCCCACCUGUUGGGUUAUCUUGACAGCAAAUCUUUUUAUUAUCCCCUUGCCUCCACUUUGAGCGCUUCAGUCCUGGGUGUUUAAAUGAGUUACCGCGUUCACUGAUGUGCUUUAGUAGAGCAGGGUAUGAUUUGGGGGUUCGGGAAUAGAACAGCAGGAUAUGCUUUGCCUCCAAAGCUGCCUCAGGUGUUAAUGUGAUCCUUUUCAUGCUUGAGUACAGAUGGGAGGUACUGGGAACUGGAAGCUACCAAAAGCCAUCCAGUUUUUCAUCGCGGUACCUGGAGUGCUCCUGAAGGAUGUUGAAGCCGCAUGGGUGCAGACAUCAAAAAACACAUGGAAGAUAGAGAUACCCUAAAGCUGGAUGGUUGGUACAGUAGGCCUCACUAAACUUAGCUGCAACUAAGAAUUUCUCCUACAUCAACUGAGUUAAGGCUGAUGCUCUUGUGGAAUGUGGAUUAAAAGUGCGUGCUAAGUUCCAAAUUUCCAUUUGAGAAGCGGAGAAACUAAAUGUACCACAACCACCAGCAUCAGGACAGCAAACCAAGGGACAAAGAAUUUGAUCCGCAGUGUUGAUACAUGUUAACUGGUUCACGUGUUGCUUAAGAGACGUUUGCUGGGGGGCGAGAAGUGGACAUCAGCUGUGCGAAGUCAUUUUGUUUACAAAAAUGAGGGCUUCUUUGGAAACAGCAGACAUUGCCAUUGUGGCGCUGUACUUCGUGCUUGUAAUGUGCAUAGGUUUUUUUGCCAUGUGGAAAUACAAUCGAAGCACCGUAAGUGGCUACUUCUUGGCAGGGCGUUCUAUGACCUGGGUAGCGAUUGGUGCAUCUUUAUUUGUGAGCAAUAUUGGAAGUGAACAUUUCAUUGGGCUCGCAGGAUCUGGAGCAGCAAGUGGAUUUGCAGUAGGUGCAUGGGAAUUCAACGCCUUAAUGCUUUUGCAGCUUUUAGGAUGGGUCUUUGUCCCCGUCUACAUCCGGUCAGGAGUGUACACCAUGCCGGAAUACUUGUCCAAGCGUUUUGGAGGGCAUAGAAUCCAAAUCUAUUUUGCAGCAUUGUCUCUAAUUCUUUAUAUCUUCACCAAACUUUCGGUUGACUUGUAUUCAGGGGCACUUUUUAUUCAAGAAUCACUAGGUUGGAAUCUCUAUUUGUCAGUAAUCCUCCUUAUUGGAAUGACUGCACUGUUGACUGUGACCGGAGGUCUUGUGGCUGUCAUCUACACAGACACGCUUCAAGCUCUGCUUAUGAUUAUUGGUGCCCUCACACUUAUGAUCAUAAGUAUCAUGGAGGUUGGUGGGUUUGAAGAAGUUAAAAGAAGGUACAUGUUAGCAUCACCAAAUAUUACGUCUAUCUUGUUAACCUACAACAUUUCCAAUACCAAUUCCUGCAAUGUGGACCCAAAGCCUGACGCUCUUAAAAUGUUGCGUGAGCCAACAGAUGAAGAUAUUCCCUGGCCUGGAUUUCUGUUGGGACAGACUCCAGCAUCUGUCUGGUACUGGUGUGCUGAUCAAGUCAUAGUGCAGAGAGUUUUAGCUGCAAAAAACAUUGCUCAUGCCAAAGGAUCCACUCUGAUGGCAGGCUUCUUAAAGUUACUGCCAAUGUUUAUUAUAGUUGUCCCGGGGAUGAUUUCACGAAUACUGUUUGCAGAUGAUAUCGCCUGCAUUAAUCCAGAACACUGUUUUCAAGUCUGCGGGAGCAGAGCUGGAUGCUCUAACAUCGCCUACCCACGUUUGGUGAUGAAACUUGUGCCGGUUGGUCUUCGGGGACUGAUGAUGGCUGUGAUGAUUGCUGCACUGAUGAGUGACCUGGACUCUAUAUUCAACAGUGCCAGCACCAUAUUCACACUUGAUGUCUACAAACUCAUUCGGAAGAGCGCAACAUCUAGAGAACUGAUGAUUGUAGGAAGAGUCUUUGUGGCAUUCAUGGUAGUUAUAAGCAUUGCCUGGGUCCCCAUAAUUGUUGAAAUGCAAGGUGGUCAGAUGUACCUUUAUAUUCAAGAGGUAGCAGACUAUCUGACCCCACCGGUGGCUGCUCUGUUUCUUAUGGGUAUAUUUUGGAAGCGUUGCAAUGAACAGGGAGCGUUUUAUGGUGGAAUGGCUGGGUUUGUCCUUGGAGCGAUACGGUUGAUACUGGCAUUUAUCUAUCGUGCUCCGGAGUGUAACCAGCCAGAUACUAGGCCAAGCUUUAUCAAAAACAUCCAUUACAUGUAUGUUGCUACAGCUCUGUUCUGGAUCACUGGAUUUGUGACCUUUAUAGUGAGCCUUCUUACGCCUCCGCCUACAAAGGAACAGGUUCGAACAACCACUUUCUGGGCUGUGAGAAACAGGAAUGUAAAAGAGAAUACUGCAAAGGGGGAGCGGUACAAAAUACAAGAAAAGAACAUCUUGAGGUGCAAUGAAAAUGCUAAUCAUAUCAUUCCAAAUGGCAAAUCUGAAGAAAACAUUAAAAAUAUUAAGCCUGAGGAUAUCAAUCUUCUGGUUACUUGCAGAGAUGACAGCAACCCGGUGAUUUCUGUAAGUCACUCUGAAGUCGAGACACCAGUUGAUUGCUAUUCGAAUGGACAAGCGGCUUUGAUGGGUGAGAAAAAGCAUGAGGAAGAAACUGAUGAUAGAGAGAGACAUUUGAAGUUCAUAGAUUGGUUCUGUGGCUUUAAAAGUAAAAACAUGAACAAGAGAGCUGUUCGGGAGAUGGAGGAAGAGACUGUUUGUUUACAAAUGCUGGAAGAGACUCCAAAAGUUAAACUAUUACUAAAUACUGGACUGGUCUGUGUCUGUUCGCUUGGAAUAUUCAUGUUUGUCUAUUUCUCUUUGUGAGUGAACAGUGAACUUUUAAGGGUAUGGCUAAACAUACAGAAGUUGAUACAGGUCCUUUUUUUUUUAAUUUUAAUGUUUAUUUUUUCCAAAUAACAUAACUGCAACCCAGGCAUUGUUUACGCUAUAAUUGUAAAAUCGACUCAACUUCAGCCUAUUUAGAGACCAUUUGAGACAUAUUGUCCUAUCUGCUGAACACAGGAUGUGUUGUGUGGUGUCUUUCUCUUUCUCCCUUUUUCUUUCCCUCUCCCCUCGUUUGCAGUACUAAUCUUUUCUUUUUUUUCCCACGUACACAUGUGUAAAUACACCAAAGGCAGGCAGGUGGCUGUGUUUGAACUCAGGCAGCUCUAGAAUUCAGUCAAUGUUAAGGUGAAGAUAACGAGUAAUCAUUUACCUUUGUGUAAAAUCUGAAACGAUUAAAACUGUGUCAAAAGAUUUUAAAUGCAAAGUUGUGAUGCACAUCAUUGUAUCAUUGUUCUUUCUAAUGUAAAUGUGUUGUCUUGGCCAACAUAAUACCUAUGAAUUUUGCUCAUCACUUCCAGUGUUUUCAGCUUCUCAGUUCUGUUAUGGCACAACAGAAUAUUUUUCUUGUAGUAGUUUAAACUGUGAUAUCUGUUAGUAGCUUUCUGUCGUUCUUCCCUGUAAGGAAAUGUUUAUCUUUUGAUCUUUAUCCAUUGUAAAUUGCAGUACUGAAAAGCUGUUCUAUUUAAAACAAAGAAACCCUGGAGAUGACAAACUGGUAAUGGAAGAGAGAGGAAAAGGGGGGUGAAAAAGAUUUCUCUUUAUUUUGAUUUUAUAGUGUAUUGAAGUGGAAGAAUAUACAGUCAGUGAUGACAGUCCCCAAAACUUUAGCCUUAUGUUGUCAGUGACGUAAUUAGGGUUAACCUCUUUUUAGAAAAAAAUCUAUACAUGUGCUCUACCACAUGGGAGGAAGAGAAAUGUGAGACUUGACACAUCCUAAGUUUGGUAAACACACUAAAAUAUAACUUUUCCUCCAUGAUGUGUAUCUAAAAGGGAACGCUCCACAGCCUUACCACUGCUGCAUGCUGAGUCUGGAAGGGGAGAAAACAAAGGAGAGGGCAAGGGGAGGUGAGGGAAAGAGGUGGAAGGUCCCUAUUUUCCAGAGUUAUGUCCAGGCUGCCUUUGGAACUAACUCCUGCAGCAGUCUUUGCUCCUGAGCUUGUGUGGGGAAUUGUUUGGGUGAGCCUAACUGGGCAGGCCGGAAUGGUGUGAAGGGCUAUGCCGACAGUGUCACUGUAGAUUCAAGGUUUCAGAAAUGUUUCCUUUUGCACAGUCAAAUUUCUUAAUAAACUUGAGAACAAAUAGUUCUGUAGAGAUGAAAUUUGGGUUACUCUCGCCAUUGGUUGCUGGAGAAGGUUUGUUUUCCAGUACAGUGGGUCCUGUAAGCUGCCGGCUGUCUAAAUAGCUUUUAGCAGUAUGAUGUAUGGUGUGUAUUUUCAGGUAAACUGAUUAACGUUUGGUUUUGUGGAGGAUUUGUUUGUUUGUUUUGAAAUCAGUUGACUCCCAUUAGCUCUGAGACUUUAGUCAGAGGAUGAGUUGUCUCACCUUUCCCCACUUCAUUUAGUUGUUGCCACUGUAAAGUAGAAUACUCUAACUGGAAAUACGGUAGUGUUGGAACCCUGUUGGAAUAUAUCUAAGUGAGGAGAGCUACCGUACCUGAGUCUUGGUACAAAUGCCAGUGUGACAACACACAUUUUCUUAUGGUUUGUGGCUCACUUCAUUCAGAAAAAAAUAUUUUAAAUAUUUCUUAAUGGUAAAAUCCUAGUAUAUGAAGUAUGUUAAAGGAAUCUCAAGUUAAUUCAUUAGUGGUGUGAGUUGGGAAUAAUGAUACUGUAUGUAAAAGAUGUAAAACAUCAUUAACUGUUUCUGUGCAGGAUAAAAUAACCUAGGUCAGAACUUGCCUGAUGUUAGUGAAGUGAAGAACAAAUGGUAGGAUAAGAAUAAGCCUGAGACUAUCAAUAUCUUCUUGAAAAGCCUAGGUUCUGGUUUGCCAGAUUUGGCACAGGGAAAGAGAGACUCAUGUGCCGGGCACUGUCCCUUACCAACUUGGCUUGUCUUUCUAUCAGCAGCUGGUACUUGGGUUUUCCAGAGCUGUCUUUUUGGCUCUAAUACUAACAAAUGUGUUACCACCUAACCUGUGCAGUUAGGUUAGCUCAGGGACCCUUCUGCUUGGCUGCCCUUGCUUCAUCCUUGCUUGCUUUUUUUCCAGGGUGCCUUAUGUAGUUACGAAGCUGAAGGCAUGGCUUUUAGUGCCACCUAAAUAGCAAUUUGCUUAUAAUGUGUUUUCCCAAGUUGUUUUUCCCUCCUCUUUCCCCAAGUCAUUUGCUAUUUAAACAGAACAGAGUUCUAUUUAAAUAGUCAAUGCAUGGGAUGCAUGUAUCCUUGUCAGUAUAACUGCAGUCAGAUCCAUGGUGAAAUUGACCCUUUGAUCAUCCUACAAAGUCAUACUCUUUCCCAAAUGUACAGCGCAGCCUUUGACUGUUGAAUCUGAGAUACUCAAUAUUCAAGUAAAUACAUUCUUACUUUUGCUGAACUAAUAAAUUGCCAAAUCAAUAUAAAUGAUAAUUGGCAGGCAGUUAGAAUCUUCAUGAAGUAAUACUCUCACCUUCUAAGCUGUUAUUGUGAAGCUUUUAAACAAAUUGUUUAUCUGGUGGUUUUUUCUCUGAAGUCGUUUGCAAACAUUUCUGUGGUACUCUCUGCCUAAUGUUGGCCUCUUCAGUUGUGUUCUGUUUCCAUGUCUUAGAGGUCAUAGAACUUGCCCAAUACUCUUUGCUGCUUGUAACCACUUCAUAAAAUCCCUUUAUCCCCCCAAAAUUUAAGGUUUCGAGCAAACUGUUGGUGAGCAAAUGCCUCACCCAGUGUUAGAGACUAUAGUGUAAGAAGUUGUUUGAGGGUUUUUUAUAGCGUAAACAUGCCUUUGCUAAUUUUCUGGUCCUGAUCUACCUACAAUCCUGGUAAUAUGUUUAGGUCUGAACACCAACUUUUUGGUCUGGUAAAACUGCAGUUCCUCCCGUAGUGGACAGUCGGUUCCGUAAAUGUUGAUGACUGGCCUCCUCUGAGGUGGGACUGGCUAGCUGCACAGGGGCAGAGCCAGAGGGACGCUUGGCUUCCCUCUGCAGCGAGGGGUUUAUUUAUUGCCUUCAACUUAGAAUGACAGUCUUGAAGAAGUCGUUUUGGAACUACACCUUUUUUUGUUCUUAUUACCCUUAACUUAUUUUUCUGUUAAGCUAUUUGAAUUUUCUCCCAGAAAUCUGUUAGAAGCCUUUUAUUUAAAAAAAAAAAAAAAAAACUAAGAAGAAAGUGGCUUCUUGAGAGCUUAAUAGUACAUUCUGGGAGACUAUUUUUAUUUAAUUUUUUUUUAAAUGAAUGAUUUGAUGCUGUUCUCUGCCAAAGUUAUCUUUUUUUAAUUAUUUUUUCUAAUUAUUGCUUUUACUGUUGUUCUUAUUUUUUUUUCCUGUUAGCUUUUGCUAAUACCUGAAAGGAAAUGGUGAGAGUUUGUAAGAAAUUAAAAAUGGCCUUCAGUAUACCACUUGUGUAUUUUUUUUACUUCUCCAAAUCUGUGUUUCACCCUUAUCCCAGAAGGGCCAGCAUGAGACUUCUGAUGCAAGUCAUGAAAGUACUGUAACUGAGUAGUGAAAAGGAUUUCCUACGAGGUUACGGCGAAUGGGCAGAGCCAUCAGCAAAUCUCUGCGUGAACACUUAAAGCAGAAGAUGCUUACAACUUUAAAACGUACAGCUUUAUUUUUUUUAUAUAUAUAUUUUUUUAAAUCCUAAGAUACAGGAGGUGUUGGGAGAUGCUCCCUUUCAGAGAACAGGAUGCACGAAAGAAGCUGGAGCUGAUGCGCUCUAACGCUUUUGAGGAAAUCUUUGGAUUUAGCAUGUAUAGCGAAGCAAAAAAAACAAAAAAACUCACCUGUUAAUUUGGUAUUCUGUAUGUUCUGUGCCCUUAAAUGUAAUUGUUUUGAAAAUAAAACUAACCUUGUUACGUGAUGUUAAAAAGCAAACUGGUGUGCAAUGUUUUAAAUUCUUUUUUUUUUUUAAGAAAAUGUUUGUAUAUAAUUAAAUGGUUUAGUGUGCUUUAAUUGGCCUAAGGUAAAGAGUAGUCCUAGAAUGUAAACAUAUAUAAUUAGGAUUUCUGAUUUCACUGUGAGAUCUCUGAACUCUCUUGUUUUGCGAAGUGGUUUGUUUUGUUUACAAAACACUUUCAAUUAUUUCUUUUAUGGUGUUGGUUCAAAGGCAUUUGCUUCACUUCUGUUCUAAUAUUGAAUUCAUGGUAUAGUGACAUCUGGUGAUACAGCAUUAUCAGUUUCACUGUGUAAUGUCAGACACUUUGAGCAAAAAUGGUAAUGAUAUGACAAUUCUCUGUGUCUAUGAAUACACGUUUUUAAAUGAGGUGGUUAUAAAAAUAGUUGCUGUGCAAAAUGUUAGUAGUCUUCUUCAAGAAGAAAGCAAAUUUUCUAAUAUCACUAGAGCAGUCUCUUCAUUCAUCUUCUUAUUUUUGAAGCACAGUGUCAAAGUGAUGCUGCUUUACCUUGUAUUUCUGAUAUGUUUUUUUAGAUAUCUGUGAAGUAUUUUUGUUUUUCGUUGCUAUUGUAUUUUUCUGCAGAUUUUAUAUAGAAUACCAGUUAAUGAACUGCCUUUUUUUUAACUAUUCAACUAAAAUACAUUUCAGACCAAAACCAAAUGAUAUGAUAUAUAGCAUUUGAAAUCUGCCUUUUUCCUUGUCCCUUGUUUUUUUUUUUUUCUUUUUUCCUUUUGUUUUUCGUUUGUUUGUUUUUGAAAUAAGCCAAAUGGGCAUGUAGAUAAGAUCGCUAUAAUGGAUCCAGGUCUCUUUUGGUAAAGUGUUAUUUAAAGGUCUGUUAAGAUCUUAUAAGACAAUAUACUGAAAAAAAAAUAUUGUAGUAGGAAUAUAGUUUUAGAAGUGUUAAUGAGAUUAAUACAGCUUAAUUAUACUUGUAAGUUGCUACUGUCCAUAAUGACAAGCUUUUUGUCAUAGAAACGAUGUAUGAUAAAUUAAUUUUGGUCUAGUGUAUAGAAUUAUCAUAUUGCUAUAAAUCUUUGAAGUAAAUCUGAUGCAAAAUUUUCAUAGUUAGCAUUGCUGGCCCUGUGUAUACUGUUCUUUGUAUACUGUAUGCAUAUUAUUUUGCCUACUGCAUUAGUCUUCAAACUAAAACUCUUAUUAGAGAGUAUUUGGAUACUUCAGACUGUGUUUCUUGCAGUUUACAUUCCUUUACCAUGGCAUUUUGUCCUGUCUAAAAGUAUUGUAUGGAAAUGUUUAAAACUUCUGUACAAAGUUUCAAUAAAAAUAGAGGAAAAACAAGAA